UGGGUGUUUAGGGGCCAAGAUGGCGGCUCGCCGGGGACGGAGAGACGGAGUCCCGCCGCCCCCGGGAGGGGGCCCCGGACCAGGACCCGGCAGUGGAAUCCGCAGCAGUGGUUGGGGGGGUCGGAGCCAAGCGCCGUAUGGGACCGUGGGAUCUGUGAGUGGCGGAGAGCAGGUGCUCCUGCAUGAGGAAGGGGAUGAUUCUGGCUUUGUCAGUCUAUCUCGCUUGGGCUCAUCUCUGAGAGACAAGGACCUGGAGAUGGAGGAGCUGAUGCUGCAGGAUGAGACACUGCUGGGGACCAUGCAGAGCUACAUGGAUGCCUCCCUCAUCUCUCUCAUUGAGGAUUUUGGGAGCCUUGGAGAGAGCAGGUUAUCUCUGGAGGAUCAGAAUGAAGUGUCACUGCUUACAGCCUUGACUGAGAUCUUGGACAAUGCAGAUUCAGAGAACCUGUCUCCAUUUGACAGCAUUCCUGACUCGGAGCUGCUUGUGUCGCCUCGGGAAGGCUCCUCCUUGCACAAGCUGCUUACCCUGUCUCGGACACCCCCAGAUCGUGACCUCAUCACCCAGGUUGACCCGCUGGGGCCUACCACAGGCAAUAGCAGAGUGAGUGGGGUUGAUAUGUCUGUCACAGAUCCUUGGGAUUUUUCCCCACCCUCUUUCUUGGAGACUUCCUCCCCCAAGCUUCCUAGCUGGAGGACCCCAAGAUCACGACCCCGCUGGGGCCAGUCCCCUCCUCCUCCACAGCGUAGUGAUGGAGAAGAAGAGGAGGAGGCAGCUGGCUUCAGUGGCCAGGUGCUUGCUGGGGAGCUCGACAACUCUGGAAGUAGCAUCCCAGACUUCCCCAUGCACCUGGCCUGCCCUGAGGAGGAAGAUGAGGCAGCAGCAGCAGAGAUGGCAGUGCCGGCAGCUGGUGAUGAGAGCAUCUCCUCCCUGAGUGAGCUGGUGCGGGCCAUGCACCCAUACUGCCUGCCCAACCUUACCCACCUGACAUCGCUUGAGGAUGAGCUUCAGGAACAGCCAGAUGACUUGACACUGCCUGAGGAUUGUGUGGUUCUGGAGAUUGUGGGCCAGGCUGCUGCAGCUGGUGAUGACCUGGAGAUCCCAGUUGUGGUGCGGCAGAUCCCUACUGGGCCCCAGCCUGUGCUCCUGGAUGACUCACUAGAGGCUACUCCAGCCUUGCAGUUGCUCAUGCCCACACUGGAGUCCAAGAUAGAGGCUACUGUGCCCAAGGAAGAGGAAAAACUGGAGUCAGCAUGCUUGUUGGAACCCAGGGAAGUCAUGGAGCCAGUGGUGCCCAAGGAGCCUCAAAACCCACCUGCCAACACAGUGCUGGGUUCCCAGAGAGCUCGAAAGGGCAGGAGGAAGAAGAGCAAAGAGCAGCCAGCAGCCUGUGCAGAAGGCUAUGUCAGGAGGCUGAGGUCAUCCUCUCGUGGUCAGUCUGCCGUGGCCUUGGAGGCCACCUCUCAGGCAGGCAACUUGCAGAAGCAGCCUCAGGAGGAACGUCAAAGAGAACUCGGGCCUCCCCGGGGUAGGGGGAAGCCUCGGGCCUGGGCUCGGGCCUGGGCGGCUGCCUUGGAAAAGCCCAGCUCUGAGAAUGUGGAGAGUGAUGCUGAACAAGCCAGCCCUGCUAAAGACAGGACUCCAGAUCUCUGUCCUAAGCUGCUUGACACCAUCCAAGCCAACUCGCUUCCAGCCUCUCUCUUGUUGGUUGGUUCUGCUCAAGCUGACCCCAUGCCAGUUGACUCUGUUGAAUCUGAUCGCACUGCAGUUGAAUCCAUUCUAGCUGAUCCUGCACCUGCAUUGGUUGACCUUGCCUCAGCCAACUCAGUGCUGGCUGACCCUCUCCCGGCUGACGCAGUGCUGACUGACCCAGUCUUGUCUGACUCGGCAGCCAUUGACCCUGCAGUGGUUGUUCCCAUCUCAGAUGACUUGCCACUGGUUGACCCUAUACCAGCUAACCUAGCACCAGUUGACCUAGCACCAGUUGACCCUGUUGCUGAUGACCUGGCUCCAGUUAAACCUGUGCUAGUUAAGCCCAGGCCAACUGAUCCCAGGCGUGGUGCAGUGUCAUCAGCCCAGGGGAGUCCAGCUCCCCAGCUUCUCUUGGAAUCUGAGCCCACGGAUCACUCAAAGUCCAUCAUCCCUGAAGUCAAGGAGGUUGUGGGUCCUCAGAAGGUGGAAAGUGGUACUAAUGUCACAACCCAGGAAGCCAGACCUCGGCCUCUCAGCCUAUCUGAGUACUGGCGACGAAGGCAGCAACGCCAAGCAGAGGCAGAAGAGAGGAGUCCCCAGCCUCCAGCUGGGAAGUGGCCUAGCCUCCCAGAGACCCCCACAGGGCUGGCAGAUAUCCCUUGUCUUGUCAUUCCACCAGCUCGAGCCAAGAAGACAGCUCUGCAGAAAAGCCCUGAGGCUCCCCCUGAGACUCCCCCUGAGGCUUGUAUUGUGCCUGUGGGUCUCAGCCCUGCUUCUCCCAGUCCUGAGCUAUCUUCAAGCAAACCUGUGGCCUCAACUCCCACUGAGCAGGUGCCAUCCCAAGAGAUGCCACUGCCUGUAAGGCCUCUACCUCCUACUGUACAGACCACGUCUCCUGUCAGGCCCAUGCCUCCCACAAUGCCCACUUUGCCUUUUCCUUCAGGUGGGCUGGGCAUGCCUCCCGUGCUGCCCCUUCCCUCAAGUGGGCAAGGGGUCCCCAGCCUGCCCCCACCACCUUUGCAGCCUCCUAGCCUUCCGAUGUCUGUGGGGCCAGUGCCACCUGAUCCCUAUAGCCAUUAUGCUUCUAUACCACCCUGGCCUUGUUAUCCACCCGUGUCCCCUUCUGGAUAUCCUUGCUUGCCUCCACCCUCAACGGGACCCCUAGUAUCUGGUACUCCUGGCAUCUAUGCUGUGCCCCCCACUUGCAGUGUGCCUUGGGUACCCCCUCCUGCCCCAGUCCCACCUUACAACUCCAGCUGUUCCUAUGGGCCCUUGGGAUGGGGCCCAGGGCCACAGCAUCCUCCAUUCUGGCCUAGUGUGCCUCCACCUCCAUUGCCUGCAGCCUCUGUUGGGAGAGUUGUUCCUCCACCCAAGAUGGAGCAUAGUGGCUUCCCAGCUGGCCCUCCUGAAAAUGUACUUCCUGUGCCUAUGGCUCCUUCUGUCAGUCUUGGGCCUACUGGCCAUGGAGUUCCACAGAUAGAGCCCACCAAGGUGGAGGUCAACCCAGUGCCUGCAUCUCCCCAUCUGAAGCACAAGGUGUCUUCCCCAGUGCAAAGCCCCCAGAUCAAGUCUCCACCAUGUCUACCUGCUGAGGGUGUGGCUAUUGAGGAGCUUGUGUCAGAGAGGCUAAAGCCUGAGACCCAGGAGAAGCCCCCCUCUCCUGCUGCCAAGGCUGUGCCAACACCAAGGCAGAGCACUGGCCCCAAGCUGCCUGCUGUCCACCCAGCCCGUCUAAGGAAGCUAUCUUUCCUGCCCCCCCCACGUACCCAGGGCCCUGAGGACGUGGUACAGGCUUUCAUCAGUGAGAUUGGAAUUGAGGCGUCGGACCUGUCCAGUCUGCUGGAGCAGUUUGAGAAGUCAGAAGCCAAAAAGGAGUGCCCUCCCCUGGCUCCUGCUGACAGCUUGGCUGUAGGAAACUCAGGCAGCGUUGACACUCCCCAGGAGAAGAGGCCCCUAGACCGGUUACAAGCCCCAGAACUGGCCAACGUGGCAGGGCUCACCCCUCCAGCUACCCCUCCCCACCAGUUAUGGAAGCCCCUGGCUGCUGUCUCACUGCUGGCCAAAGCCAAAUCUCCUAAAUCCACCGCCCAGGAGGGAACCCUGAAGCCUGAAGGAGUUACAGAGGCCAAACAUCCAGCUGCAGCCCGCCUCCAGGAAGGGGUCCAUGGCCCUAGUCCAGUCCAUGUGGGCUCUGGGGACCAUGACUAUUGUGUCCGGAGCAGGACCCCCCCAAAAAAGACGCCUGCCUUAGUCAUUCCAGAGGUGGGCUCCCGAUGGAACGUCAAACGCCAUCAGGAUAUCACCAUCAAGCCCGUGUUGUCCCUGGGCCCAGCCGUCCCCCUGCCCCCAUGCACAGUUGCCUCCAAGGAGCCGCUUGAUCACAGGACUAGCAAUGAGCAGGCAGAUCCCCCAGCCCCUUGCCUUGCCCCAUCUGCCUUGCUGUCACCUGAGGCCUCGCCCUGCCGGAAUGACAUGAACAGUAGGACUCCCCCUGCAUCCUCAGCCAAGCAGCGGUCAAUGCGCUGUUAUCGAAAAGCCUGCAGGUCAGCCAGCCCCCCAAGCCGGGGCUGGCAGGGCCGUCGCGGCCGCAGCAGCCAUUCUGUCAGCUCUGGGUCCAACGGGACCAGCGAAGCAUCUUCCUCCUCAUCCUCAUCGUCGUCUUCCUCAUCCCGUUCUCGGUCCAGGUCCCUCUCCCCCCCACACAAGAGGUGGCGAAGGUCCAGCUGCAGUUCCUCUGGGCGUUCCCGAAGAUGCUCUUCCUCUUCCUCCUCCUCAUCAUCCUCUUCGUCUUCCUCAUCCUCCUCAUCCAGUUCUCGCAGCCGAUCCCGUUCCCCAUCCCCCCGCCGGAGAAGUGACAGGAGGCGGCGGUACGGCUCUUACCGUUCGAAUGACCAUUACCAAAGGCAGAGAGUGCUGCAGAAGGAGCGUGCAAUAGAAGAGAGAAGGGUGGUCUUUAUCGGGAAGAUACCUGGCCGCAUGACGCGGUCAGAGCUGAAACAGAGGUUCUCGGUUUUUGGAGAGAUUGAGGAGUGCACCAUCCACUUCCGUGUCCAGGGUGACAACUACGGGUUCGUCACUUACCGCUAUGCCGAGGAGGCAUUUGCAGCCAUUGAGAGUGGCCACAAGCUGCGGCAGGCAGACGAACAGCCUUUUGAUCUCUGCUUUGGGGGCCGCAGGCAGUUCUGCAAGAGGAGCUAUUCUGAUCUUGACUCCAACCGGGAAGACUUUGACCCUGCCCCUGUAAAGAGCAAAUUCGAUUCUCUUGACUUUGACACAUUGUUGAAACAGGCCCAGAAGAACCUCCGGAGGUAACCCUGGGCUCUCCUCCCCCCCUUAUCUUUGGAGGUGCCCAAUCUCCUUCAUCCCCCUCCCCCGAUCGAGGGGAGAGAGC